UGGUCACCGACACCAAGUUAUCCUGGGCCGUCGUGGGUGUGCGAGCCGGUAUCAUUCGAUUGAGAGCAUGAUUUUUAAAAAGCAAUAGUGCGCAUCAAUUGAAACCGACAUAUCGCCCUAUAUUUACUGGAAAACACGGAAAAACGAUUUACCAUUACCUUGCUGGGAAAGUUAGUUUUAUCCAGAAUGGUCUCACACUGUCAAGAACAAAGUCGAAGUACUAGACGUUCCAACUUCACUAACUCCCUUGCUUGCUUUUUCACUGAUCGCAACUAUUCUCAACAAUGGGCUCUCAGAACAUCAUACUGGCUCCAUACUCUUGGAGAACUGGGGUGAUCUCGAAGGAAGACGUGCUUGAUAAAAAGACUUUCGAGUGGGAGCACCCAGAUCAGCACUCAGUUCCCAUACUCAAGAUCUGGCCAGAUCAUCAACGAUCUGUGGAAGCAAUGGAUGGAUUGGUGGUGAAGAAAAACAGCACUGAUAAUGCGGAAAACGGUCCACUGCGGCUCUACGACUGUGAAAAUAAGGCCACAAAAGACCGACAAACAUACCUCGGUGAGAACCAGGGCAAGGUUCCCCCCUACCUUGUGGUAUCGCACGUGUGGGGAAAGAUCACAAAGGAGAAGAUUCAGCCUGGAAGGGAUUGGGGUACCCCUUGGAGUAUCCCCAUCUCUGACCCAGAAAAAUUGAAGCGCAUCCUCCAGUACUGCGAGACGACAAAGGUCAAGUGGAUGUGGAUGGACAUAUUAUGCACGAACCAAGCCCGCGAUAACCAGGCGGAAAGAGAGAGAGCGCAGGAGGUUGCAAAAAUGGGCCACUAUUAUCGGGAGGCAACAGCUUGCCUUGUCAUCCCAGUGAAUUACGAGGAAUUCAACAAGGCGAACGCAUCCAUUAUGGUGAUGAUGGCUAGGACCGACGACACACGAGCUUCAGUGGAGGCUAACAAGCAAUUGUUCUGGGAUAACUUGUCAAUGUUGGAGGUUGUUCUCAACGACGGAUGGUUCUACAGGGUGUGGACAUACCAAGAGCUGCUGCUGCCCCAAGCGCACGUCCUCUUAAAUGGCCAAGGGCUAUUCGUUGACAUGCUGGGCAGCGUCGUGCGCCGGUACUUCAAGGUACUCAGAAACCGGUGGCUGGCAAAGCCCGAAGGUGGGAGAGACUACGAAUUCGUUCAUCCCGAAAAAGAACUCGUGCUCCCAGGUCCAUGGGAACACCAAUUACCUAGUUGGGAUUUGAAAGACACAUUCCAACGAGACGGACAUACAACCACGUACCCUGUCGAUCGCAUUCUCGGAAUAUAUCCGUUAUUGCAAGAUGAAGACAAGGUUUCCCUCAGCGAGCUCGAUACCGCUGCUGCAAGGCCGAGUUCCGAAUCUGAGGCAGAGCGAGAGCUCAGGGAACUCAAGGAACUCAGGCAACUCGAGCAACUGUGGGAGCGAACGAUGGUGAAGGCAGUAACAUCGGGGAGGGUGUGGCCAUUGCUCUAUGAUGCUAUAAGGGCUGAUGCGCCCACCUGGAUGCCUCGCAUCUUCGGCGGUGCAACUUGCGAGGUUUAUCCAGAGAUCUUGGGUCACCGCAACCGGGGAGGGGUUGAAGUGGCUAAAGAUGGGUUGCAUAUUACGGCAAGAGUGGUGGGACGCCUGACUGGCGCCAGUGCCCCGAUUGGACAUGGGGGCGGAGAGCCGAUCUUGGAGUUGCUCAAGGGCGGCCUCGAUAAGUCGGACAUGGUGCCACCCCAGGAGUUAAGGCACACCCAAAAGCAACUAGACGAUGCUCUCCACGCACCAUCUCUUGCAGAUUGUUUCGGCAUCGUGAAGAAGCAAGAUCUUAGAAGCAAACUCCGAUUCGCUCCUGGUAUUUCAGGGUGGAAUAUGGCGGUCUUCUUAGCCCAAGAUGCCCGGAAAAAGGAAGCGAGUGGGUCGUAUGUGUUCUUGGGCUGGAUACACGCCUCCCAGGCUCCAAACCCAGAUGAUUGCUGGAUCCUGGAUGUGACUUCGGAGAUACAGACUGCUCAGCGCUGGAUGAUAGCAAAUAGAACCGCUGGAAGCGCCUUUCACAAGAUCGGAACGCCAGUAGAUAUUGGCGAACAACAUACCUGGAUUCAGGUGGAAAUUUUUGGAGGAUUAGCAAUGACGUUAUGGCUUGUACAGAAUAUCAAGAAGUUUACAGAUGAUGGAAAUGCGUUGAGGGGUAUUCUCAGGAAGAGGCUAAUGGAGGCAUCGCACCGCACAUCAUUGCUCCUCGCAGCUGUCAAUAAGCCCCAACACGCACAUCUCGUAGAUGCAACGCUCAAAAAUGCCAAGGCGAAAGGAGGAACUCUCGAUCAGCAAGCCAACACCGCCAUGGAUUGCUUGCUCGUGAAGUUCGGAAAAGCGAUCUUGGAUGUCAUUCCGGGUCGUGUCUCUACUGAGGUCGAUGCUCCCUUUCCUUCAAUAAAGAAGAGACGAUUGCUAAGUAGUUUGACAUCUUCCACCCGACAGGCUCGGGAACUCGUCGCUCUCUACGAAUCUGCGGGUAUAAAACGGGACCGCGUACUCGUCAAAAUCACUUCCACAUGGGACGGCAUUCAAGCCGCUCGAGAGCUCGAACAGAAACACGGGAUACACUGCAAUCUUACUCUCAUGUUUGGAUUCGUCCAGGCUGUUGCAUAUGCUGAAGAAGGCGUGACUUUGGUCUCGCCUUUUGUUGGGCGUAUUCUGGGUUGGUACAAGAAACAUACCGGAAAGGAUUAUUCGGGCGACGACGAUCCUGUGUCCAAUCUGCAACACGGGUACAGAACCAUCGUGAUGGGUGCCAGCUUCCGCAACGUUGGAGAAAUCAAAGCCCUUGCAGGCAUCGACUUUUUGACUAUUUCUCCCGCUCUUCUGGAGGAACUCCGCAGGUCUACAGAUCCAGUUCCGAACAAACUUGACUCAGAAAAAGUACGUCUGAAUCACAUGUGGGAUCUCCUACAGGAUCAAAUGGCGUUUGAUAAGUUGCACGAGGGCAUUAAGAAGUUUGCGGGUGAUGGAGAUGCACUGAAGGAUGUUCUGAGGAAGAAGCUGUUGGAGGCGUGA